UAAUGAAUACAAAAGUUUUAUGGAUUUGACUGUAGACGACAUAUUGGGUUUGGAAUUUGGUAGUGAACAUGAUGCAUAUAAAUUUUACUUUGCAUAUGGUAAAUUUCAUGGUUUUGGGAUUAGGAAGGAUGACAUUGGUCAUGAUGCAAAUGGCAAAAUAGUAAUGCGUCAAUUUUUAUGCAAUAAAGGGGGCUUAAGAGACAAAAAACAUCUUAUGAGAGAUGAUAGAAAAAAGGGGCAUAGGCCUCUUAGUCGUACUAAUUGUAAAGCCAAACUUCGUGUACGGCUUGAUCCAAAUACAAGUAAAUGGAAAGUUGUGUCAUUUGAGGAAGGUCACAACCAUGAGAUGUGCCACUCAAAUUAUGUGCCAUUCAUUAGGACUUAUCGCGGAUUGUCAAGUAGUGAUAAGGGUCAAGUUAAUUGUUUGCAUGAACAUGGGGUUAGAGCAUGCCAUAUAAUGGGAUACAUGAUGGACCAAAAGGGAGGUCAUUUAGGCAUUGGGUUUAAUAAGAAAGACCUUUUUAACCACAUUGAGCGAUAUAGACAUUCUAAAAUCCAAGAUGGGGAUGUUUUGGCUGCCUUAAGUUAUCUUCAAGGCAAGGCUGAUAAUGAUCCAAUGUUUUAUGCUAAAUAUAUGUUAGGAGACAAUGGAAAAAUGGAACAUUUGUUUUGGGCUGAUGGUACUAGUAGGUGUGACUAUCAAUGUUUUGGCGAUGUUGUUGCAUUUGAUAGUACCUAUAAGAAGAACAAAUACAACAAGCCUUUGGUAAUAUUUUCUGGAAAAAAUCAUCAUGGGCAAACUGUUAUUUUUGGUGCUAGUUUGAUUUCUGAUGAAACCACCGAUACUUAUAAGUGGGUGUUAGAAGCUUUUUUGGAAGCUAUGUCUCUUCAGCAGCCUAAGGGGGUAGUGACAGAUGGUGAUGGGGCUAUGAGGGAGGCAAUUAGGCAAGUAUUUCCUAUGGCAACACAUAGACUUUGUGCAUGGCAUCUACAAAAGAAUGCUUGUCAGAAUGUGAAGAAUUGCAAAUUUUUAGCUGAUUUUAAAAAGGCAAUGUAUGGAAAGUUUACCCCUGAAAAGUUUGAAACAUUUUGGAAGGAAAUGGUUAGCAAAAACCAGCUUGAAGGCAACAACUGGAUUUUGCAAACGUAUGAAAAAAGGUGUAUGUGGGCAAAUGCUUAUCUACGAGAUAAAUUUUUUGCUGGUAUUAAAACGACGUCUUUGUGUGAAGGAGUAAAUAAUUGUAUUAAAACUUAUGUGAGGAGGAAAAACAGCAUGGUUGAGUUGUUGCAUAAUUUGGAACAAUCUCUAAGAGAUUACAGGUACAAUGAAUUGAUUGCUGACUUUAAUUCAUUUUAUACAGAACCUGUUUUGACAACUUCGCUUCAAAAAAUUGAGAAACAGGCUGCAAAGUUAUACACACAACAUGUUUUCAAGUUGGUAAAAGCUGAGAUACUUGAUGCUGGGGCAAUGAAUGUAGUUGAGAGGACUGAAAAUGGUAACAAGGUAGUAUUUAAGGUGGAGAAAUACUCUGAACAACAUCGUAUACAUGAAGUUGUGUUUGAUACUGAAGAAUGUAAAUUUUUUUGUGAUUGUAUGUUAUUUGAAUCUUGUGGAAUUCCUUGUGGGCAUAUUAUAUGCUCAAUGCGGCUAGAUCAUAUCACCUUGUUUCCUACAACAUUAAUAUGCAAGCGUUGGAUGAAGGAUGCGAAGAGUUCAAUUAUUUCGUCAUAUGAUGCAGGGAAUAAUGAUAGUGAGAUGAGUAAUGUGGCACGUCUUAGUGUUUUGGCUUCAUCUUGUAAUAGACUUUGUGAAAUGGCAGCCAAAAAACAUGAAACUUUCAAUUUCAUCAGGGAAGAGAUUUUGAAGUUACUUGGAAAAAUAGAAAAGAAGAGUGUUAUUGGAUUGGAUAAUGAAACAUGUGAUCCUAAUGUUGUGAAGACUAAAGGAGCCCCACAGAAAAAGAAGUUGACCAAGAAAAGGAAAUGCUCAAAUUGCCAUAAAUGUGGGCAUAUAAAAUCUAAAUGUCCUUUGCUUGAUUGUAUAGAAGAUAAUUUGAUUAGUAUUGACGAAUGGUUUGAUUCAGGGGAUGAUGGGGUGCAAGACAAUGUGCAAGAAGACAUUCGUCGUAAUGAGUUUGACAUGAAUGAUAGUACAGAUGCAGAACAAAGUUCCCAAAAUUAUAUACGUAGAAGACAAAUUAGAGUUGGGGGAGGUGAUAAGGGUCAGCAACAAAGAUCCUGAAAAAUGGAGAUGGGAAUUGGCGUUGGGAAGUGGCUGGUAAAGUGUGCAAUGGAUGAAAAGUAAAAAAAAUUAAGAACUAUGUUAGGGUUAUUCUUUUUAGAGUAAGUUUUAUUUGUUUGUGUUGGGGAAAAAUAUCAUGAAUACAAAAAAAAAAUUAAAUGACAUUUGUGAUUGAAGGAAAAGGCAAGUGGGAAUAUUGGUACAACUUCUAUGGAUGAUUUUAAUGAAGUUGGAGUAACGGCAACUGGUCUUCCUUUCAGUUCUAGUCAUGUAGGUGGUAGGCAUGAUUUGGUUUUACGUGUGAUACAUAGGGAUUGUGGUCCUAGUGAUAUGGGUGAAGGUCCCCAGUUAGAUUUGAAAAUAUGUUGUACUGAAAUUAUGUGUGUGGAAGAUUGUUUAGUUGUAUGAAAUUAACAUUAUUUUAGUAAAUAUUAUGAAAUAUUUUAUUGGAAA